AUGUCAUCUGGCACCAGAGCAGCAAAAGUAAAAGAUUCCCAUAUUCAACUAGAAUCCGCAGUUGCGGAUUUGUGUUCAAAACUUUACGAAGCAGAAGCUCCUAACGAUGUACCUUUUCCAGAAUUUUUGGAUACAGAAAUUAACUCUGAGAAAUGGGAUUCUCCAGGGGUAAAUGGGGGUAGAAAUAGUGUAGACAAGAAAGGAUCUACCAUGCAGUUAAUACCUUAUGACGAUCAACGUAUAAUAUAUUUGCCUCCAAGUCUACAUGCUCAUGAAUGGAAAAAAGUCGAUGAAGUAUUUAUGGAUGCACAUUUAGUAAUAAAAAACGAAACAGGAAAAUACCCGGAUCUUCGAACAGGCAGCAGCCAUUUACUACAUUCUAAGUUUGUAAGAAGUUUUAUUAGCAGUAUUGAAACACUCUUCUAUUUAGGAAAUGAGAAACAAUUUUCUGUGGAGUAUACAUCUCCUAGUUUUAAUCCCUCGUUUGACAAAGAGCCGUGGAGACCUUGGAAUCACAUUUACUGCAAUUGUAAAUCUGGAAAAAGUUAUCCACAUAAUCCUACUCCAAAUCCAGUAGGAAAAUAUGUAGUAAGAUUGUACUGGAUGGGAUCUUGGAGAAAAAUAUUCGUCAGUGAUAAGAUUCCCGUAAACCAACAAAAUGAAAUAAUGCUUCCUUCCUGUCCUAUUCCUCCAUCAACUUCAGUGAUAGUAGAAGAUAUGGGAUCCCAAUUAACUGGUAGAAAAAAAGACGGAAAAUCUAAAGAGUCACUUUCUAAACAAGAAAUAAAGAAAAGAAGAGAAAAAUCAGAAAAGAAAGCAGAUAGAGUGAUAGAAAUAUGGCCAUUUUUGCUUUCAAAAGCUCUCAUGAUACUAGCGGGUUUAACUUGGACAGAAGAAGAGGAGCUUUUAGAUUUUGAUAUUAUUCACUGUUUAACAGGUUGGAUUCCAAACAAAAUAUAUACAACAGAUAUGGAUAACCCUGCAGUAUGGCAACUUUGCUUGGAUCAUACAUGCCAAUACACUUGGUUGGAAAGUGAAAUUAAACAAAAACCUAGUAAGAAAGGUACUCCUUUAUCGGGAAGAAGCAGCAAAAUGAGUGUCAAAAGUGAAAAAAGCAAUAAAAGCAUUAGUUAUAAAAGCGUUAAAAGUGAAACUAGAAGUGAUACUGUGACAGAUAAAACCGAAAAAGAUAAAAAAAGUGUAAAGAGAGAAAAAAGUAGCGUCAGAAAAAAAGAGCCAUUUCAAAGAACACCACCACCACAAGAGCAAGAAGUUGAUUCAGAUAGUUUUAUAUUGACACUUGGAAUUUCAAUUGACAACGAAUCAAACAAAGGCUGGUCCCACAAUUUGCUAGUACCUCAGACCCGUACUGUACCUUUAUUGAAACCGACAAAAGAUGAAGAGCAUGAGCCUUGGAAAAGAUACAGGUGGAUCGAUUGGGCUAUUAAAGAGAAAAUUGUAAACCCAAGAGCGCCAUUAAAACCAAUCAAAAGUUUUUUAACCGUUGACCCAUUCAGAGAUAAAUACUCUUUUAUGGUUCAAAAAGAUAACAAUAUAGAUACCGCUGUAUUAACAGAUACUAAAAAAUCAGAUCAAUUACCGAAAUCUAAAAAAGUGAAAACAACCUUUGCCUAUGAAGAUAUCACAGAAUGGUUAGACUACGAGGAUAUCUACAAAUCAUUGCAGCUUGUAACGAUCUACCACAGAGGAUCUUCGUUUAAAGUCAAGACAAGAGUGUCCAAUACAAGUAGUGACAACAUUAAGAAGGAAACUAGAUAUCCAUUUGCGAAACGACUGGAACAAUUGCAUGGAUUGGAAUGGAAAGAAGUUAUAUAUCCUGUCAUACCGCAAAAAAGUAGAAAUAAACCCGUGUAUCUAUUUUGUGAUUCAUUGUUCAAACAAACUGUAGUUAUUAACUUAAGUCAAACUAUAAACGAUUCUAUCUUUAUCGAAAAACAAAAGGAAGCUGUGAUCAGGGUAGUUGAACCAGAAGGUGAAUGUGGUGUAUGCCCAACAACGUUUAUGGAAAGAAUAAAGAAGAAUAUAGAGCCGAAAACAAUUAGUGUUAACCCAGAUAUAUACAAAAAAGUUCAACCUUAUAGUAAACGAGACAUACCUGGAUCUUCUAUUGUUAUAUCAAAAUUUAAUUGGAGUUCACAAAAGGUAAACGAGUAUAUUGGGGAACUUUCUACAACAGGAUCAAGUAGUUACGUACUGAAUCUCAAAGCAGGACAACACAUCUUGAUGAUUUGGAUCCAAACCAAUGGAUCUUAUUGUUUACAAUUCUUCUCUAAUACGUACCUCUGCAUUGGAAAUCUGGAAGAGACAUUGACGUUGAUGAGCAAUGACCCUUUGUUAUUUAAACAUGCGUAUUGUAAAUUCACAGAAGAUUUAGAGAACCUGAUAUACUCUUUUGGAAUAAAAGAAGGAUUUUUGGCUGCUUUAAGAGAUUUUUACAGAAGCUAUAAACCACAAGAAAACCUAAGUAAAAAUGAUACAAACCUUAUUCACGAUAUCUUUUUAAAAGAGUUUUUUGAAAUAAUAACCACGAGAUUUGCACCGGAAACCUUGAAAGCUGUCAAAAUAUUACUUAGAAAAUGGCAGUUCGAUGACACCUGUCGAUGUGUAGUUCGAGAUCCAUCGAUUUACUGUUAUCCACUUUAUGGAGAAGAAAAUAAAUAUGCAGAGAUUAUGAACAAACAUGUUACAAAAAUCCAGUCAUUUUUCAGAGGAGUUUAUGAAAGGAUUAUGACAAGUCACCAUGACGCGAAGUCAAAACGUUUUUCCACAACGGCAGAGACAUUGUAUAAAGUUUGUGAAAAGUUUGAUGAGCAUAAUAAGAUUUUGGGUGCAUAUACUUUAUGUAAAUUUAUCGAGAACCCAGGCAUGAAUCAAUUUCAGCAGCAUUAUGCAUGGUAUGAGGACAAGUUAAAGAAAAUAUGUGUAACGCAAUGUUUUCAUACUAUUAACGUUGAAAAGGGAUGGAAUCUUAUUACAAGACAAGGAUUUCUUGUUAGAUCUGGCCCCCCAAUAAAGAUCAGAAUCCACGUAUUUUGCGACAUGGAUCAAUACGUGGUACGGGUAUUUGAUAAUGACAACGCUAAAGAAAUGAAAGAGUAUCUUAAUAACGUUAUAGUCAACGAAUACAAAUCCAAUGUUUAUGGAUACACCGUUGUUGCAUUUGGCACAUCUGAAACGUCAAAAACAGUUACUUUUAAGGUUAUGUAUGCGUGCCAACAGGAAGACACUGAAGAAAUGAUAUAUUUUACAAAUGUUGCUUCACAGAAAAUAGUUUUUGACGAUUACUAUAUACCCAAUCAUAAUAACUACAUCGGCAGAUAUACAGUUAAAGUAAAAAGUGACUCUCGUAUGACUUUACAUUUAUCCACCAGUUACCCGACAGUAAAAAUUUUUCUGAAGAUCAUUAACAUCAUGCAACCUAACCAAAUUAUAAUCGAAACUUCCGGUUCUGGUUCAGUAACUAUUCCUUUUGUCCUAUUAAAGUCUAAGAGGAGAAGCCAAAGAUUUGGGAAUAAUAUGGACAGCAAAUCAUUUUUCAUGUCUAACUCGGAUUCUGCUCAGGUUAUUCCUUCGAAAAAAGGUUCCAAACGAUCCGAUAGCAAAAGCUCUCACUUAUCAUCCAAAGGCAAAUCGAUCAUAAUUCCAAAAAAACCGUCAACAACUUCACCAAAAUAUUCCCUCGACGAUGUUAAUGAAAUGACGUAUAUAAUUGAAGUAUUUGUUGUGGAUAAUUCUUGGCCUUUAACAUAUAGAGAAUGGCAGAUAGUAGAAAUGGAAAGAAUACGAAGAAUGGAAAUAGAAUCUCUUUUUGUUGAAUCUCGAACUGGGUCUUUGGAUAACUACUCAAGUGAAAUGGAGAAGUCUCUUAAAAUUGAUUAUGAUUUGCUUAAACCUAGACGAUCUAGUAAACCACCAGGUAAUCCGUCUUCAACUUUAAUUCUAUAUUAUGGUGAUAUUGAAGACGUAACAGUUACAAUAAAUACAGAUAAAGAAGAUUACAUAAUCCGUACCAAAAUGGCUUGGUAUGAGAAUGAUCCACAUCGGUAUAAUACAGCUAAAAUAUUAAGGAAAGAAUUUCUUACAGAAAAUCUAAUACUAAAUAACAAUAUUCUAAAUAAUCAUGAAGCAAGAAGUAUAAAUGGAAAAGAUUUUGAGGAGUAUAUUGUACCUCCAAUUGAUAUUGCCCAAUAUUCCAAAACAAAUUUGAGUCAAGAAGGAUUCAAGAUGGUUAAAUCCACGCAGGACGUGGAGCAGGAUAUACAAAAAAUACUGACAGAGGUUUCCCUCUACGAGUCCGAUCUAACAAAUGAGGCGAAAAAUAUGGAAAAGUUCAUGGAUGAGCACAUCGCCGAUUUGGAGACGUUUAAUAAUUGGUUUAAAGAUAUACAGCAAGACUCUGUGUGGAUGAUGGAUCAAGUUUAUAAAGAUAGAUUUGACUUCUUGCAGAACAUACGUGACCUUGUUAGACCCAAAUCUAAGGGUAAAAAAGGUAAAGCAGAUAAAAAGAAGAAAAAUAGAUAAUAGAGAAAGAGACAAUGGUUGUUUUUGCAUUAUAUUUUUACUUUUUUUAUAUAAUAUAUGUCAAUA